AUGGAACUUAACAUCAACGUUCUCAAAACCCUAGCUCGGUGGUGUCUUCUUCUACAAGCCAUCAUGAUCUCUUCCAACACCGUGGCUCUCAAGGAACCCGACUACGUAAACAUGAACAUAACAAUCCGAAACGCAUUGACCGGAUUAAUCCGCCCGGAGAUCGUAUAUCGAUGCCAGUCUAAACACAAAGACUAUGGUUGGCAUCGAUCUUCAAAACCAGGAAUUCAAUUUUCAUUCCCAAUCAUUCUCAUAAAAGGCGAAAGCAAGAUACCGGCAAUUCACAUCUGCCAUUUCCGGUCCGUCUUAGGAACCGCCACACUCGUCAUCGAAAACACUUAUCUUGACGCUGAGAUGUGCCCUAAAUCAUCAUGUGCACACGAGGCAACACCGAAAGGGAUCGUGUUCAGAGGCCUUGAAUGGGAUUUCAAAACCGUAUUUCCAAAACUCAAACCAGUUGAGUAUCUAGAAUUGCCAUGGACACCUUGGCCAAACAGAACAUGA